GCUUAAAAACUUUGGAAUAUGGCUUUUGCUUCGAUUUCAAACAUGUCCAAAAAGUGUCCAAAAAAUUGUUUUUUGGUGACUAUCGGCGUGGGUGGGGCUCUUGUAGCUGCUCUUACGUACAAAGCAGUUCAAGCCCGCUGUAAGGCUGCACGGGAUUUCGAUGACCGCGGCUUCCCUGCAAUGGCGGACUACCCUGAUCUGCGCCACCACAACAACUUGAUGGCGAAGCAUCUGACGCCCCGCUUGUACAGCAAACUUCGCGAUCAAGUCACCUCCAGUGGAUUUACAUUGGACCAGGCUAUUCAAACUGGUGUUGAUAACCCUGGCCAUCCUUUCAUCCUUACCGUGGGAGCCGUCGCAGGGGACGAAGAGUCGUACGAAACUUUCGCGGAUCUUUUUGAUCCGAUUAUCGAAGAGCGUCACAAUGGCUUCAAGAAAACCGACUUGCACAAAACCGACCUGGACGCUUCCAAGAUCCGUGGCGGGAAAUUUGACGAUCGCUACGUACUGUCCUCGCGCGUGCGCACGGGACGAUCGAUUCGCGGGUUCAGCUUACCUCCUCACUGUUCGCGCGCGGAGCGAAGGGAAGUAGAAAACGUUGUUUGCGAAGCUUUGGACGGUCUGAAAGGUAACCUUUCUGGGAGCUAUUAUCCACUGAACGGCAUGACUGCAGCUGAGCAACAGCAGUUGAUUGACGAUCACUUCCUGUUUGACAAACCAGUCUCCCCACUCCUCACGUGCGCCGGCAUGGCACGUGACUGGCCUGACGCGCGUGGAAUCUGGCACAAUAAGGACAAGAACUUCCUUGUUUGGGUCAACGAGGAGGACCACACGCGUGUCAUUUCUAUGGAGAAAGGAGGGGACAUGCGCUCAGUGUUUGAUCGCUUUUGUCGUGGGCUCAAUGAAGUAGAAAGACUUAUUAAGCGCAAAGGACACGAGUAUAUGUGGAAUCAACACUUGGGUUAUAUCCUCACAUGCCCAUCCAAUCUUGGAACUGGUCUAAGGGCUGGAGUGCACGUCAAACUACCUAACCUUGCCAAGGAUUCAAGAUUUGGCGACAUUCUGGACAAGUUGAGAUUGCAGAAGCGCGGAACCGGCGGGGUUGACACUGCAGCCGUCGGAAGCACUUUUGACAUCUCCAACUCAGACCGUCUCGGUUAUUCGGAGGUGGAGCUUGUCCAGGCCGUGAUUGACGGCGUCAAUCUUCUCAUCAACAUGGAGAAGAGACUGGAAAAGAACAAGGCCAUCGACGACCUCAUUCCUAAAUAAGGAGUUUACGACGAAUGCUGGUUACUGUUGCAUUUGCUUUGUUGCAUCGCUUGCUUACAGCCAAGGCUUGUUGAGAAACAUUAAAUGAAUUGAAACGGUCUCCGCGCGCGUAAUUUAUUAAGGAUGACCGUUGUGCAGUUUAUCCGUGGUAGGUGUUACUUACCUGGCGGUGGGCGCACUGCACCUUGACAAGCCGCUUGAAGUUUUGAAGCAGAAACAUGCUAUUGCAAAAAAGGAAAAAAAGGGGACGUGAAGUAAAGACAUGAAAAUGUA